GUGGAUCAAGGCGUUCGUUGCAGUCACAGACUAUGUGAUCUCCGAGAGACCACUUUACAUGCUAGCGACCACACUUCGUCUCUUCUUAAAGACCAACCGAUGUGCCGCAACAUUGUUUGGAAUACGAGCCGUUUCCAGCCUCCAAAAUGGUCAAGUGACUUGAAAACAGUCGUCCUAGUGCAACCAGAUCAAGCCAUCAAUUGA